AUGGCUGCGGCGAUGGCUAAGACUGUGGUCGCCUUCGAUCUCUACGGCACGCUUUUGUCCACCGAGAGCAUAGCACAGCAACUUGGCUCACAUUUUGGGAAAGACAAGGCUGCCUCCAUUGCUGCUGUCUGGAGAAAGUACCAACUGGAAUACACGUGGAGGCUAAAUAGCAUGAGACGCUAUGAGCAUUUCUCCGAGGUUACUCGCAAAUCACUUGAUCAUGCUCUGGGGGAACAUGGUGUGAGUCUCUCAGACGCCGACGCGGACAAACUCAUGGAUGCGUAUGAUUCUCUGUCCACAUUUCCAGAUGUCAACCCAGCAUUGAGACGACUGGGAGAACAGUCGGGCAUCACAUGUGUUGUCUUCUCCAAUGGCACGAAGACUAUGGUAUCCAACUCGGUCAAGCGAUCCAGCGAUCUGGAUUCCUCCGUCUUCAAGGACAUCAUAACCGUGGACUUUGUGGGGGCCUUCAAGCCUGCGCCAGAGGUCUACAAAUACCUCGCUGAACGGGUAGACAAGGUCGGGCAAGAGCGCUCGAUGUGGCUUGUGUCCGGGAAUCCUUUCGACGUCACCGGGGCCAGGGCAAUGGGCAUGCAAGCAGCCUGGGUCGAUCGAGCAGGAAAUGGCUGGCAGGAUAGACUCGGAGAGGCACCGACAGUAGUCGUCAAAAGUCUCGAGGAAGUAGCCGAUGCCGUGGAGAAAUACACGAGCGACUCGGCUACACGAGGCUGA